AUGGUGACUGUUAAGGAGCUGCUCGUGAACUCACUGAGGGAACUAGUAAAAGAUGAUCUGAAGGAGUUUCAGUGGCACUUAAAAAAUCAUGGGUGUAUAUCAAAUUCUGAUAUGGAGAACGCACAUGUCUUAGAUACAGUGGAUAAGAUGGUGGCACAUUUUGGACCAGAAGAAGCUGGGAAGAUCACUGUGAAUAUCCUGAGGAAGAUGAACCAGAACCAUCUGGCUGAGAAUCUAGAGAAUGAACUUAAAAAAGUCUCAACUUCAAAGAACAGUAAGGCUGAUCCCCAUUGUUACCGAAAGAUCAGCCUCAGACUAAAGAAGAAAUUACAAGAGGACUACAAUCGGAUAUUACUUGGUAAUUCUCAGACGGGUCAUCGAGAAUACCUGAACGAUAUUUAUACUGAUCUAUAUGUGGUAGAGAAUGAGACUGGAGGAAUAGUGAGUGAACACGAGGUGAGGCAGAUCGAAUCAAAUUGCAAACGUUUUACUGUCAAGGACACACCGAUCAAGUUCAAUGACAUAUUCAAAGACAAUAUGGGUCGACAAAACAGGAAAGUGCUGACGAUGGGCAUCGCAGGGGUGGGAAAGACAGUCUCUGUCAAUAAAUUUAUCCUUGACUGGGCUGAAGGAAAAGAAAAUCAGGAUAUACUCUUCAUAUUCCCACUUCCAUUCCGUAGACUGAAUAUGAUUACAAACGACUGCUGUCUCAUGGGACUGCUUAACAAAUGCUUCUUUAGAGGACCUGAAGAACUACCCUCUCUUCCUGAAGAUGACUGUAAGGUCAUGUUCAUCUUUGAUGGACUGGAUGAAUGUCGUUUCCCUUUGAACUAUAAAGAUGACAACAUAUGUACAGAUGUCCAUGACAAAACAUCAGUGAGUAAGAUAGUUAUAAACCUUAUCAAGAGACAUUUGGUUUCCUCUGCUCUCAUCUGGAUCACAUCCAGACCUGCUGCAGCUGGUCUGAUACCACGGGACUACAUUGAUCAGUUGACAGAGGUGCGAGGAUUCAACGAUGAGCAAAAGGAGGAAUACUUCAACAAAAACAGCAGUCCUGAGGUUGCUGGAAACAUCAUCCGUCACAUGAGGAAAUCCAGGAGCCUGUACAUCAUGUGCCACAUCCCUGUCUUCUGCUGGAUCUCUCUCACUGUUCUUCAGCUUCUACUGACUCAAGAGAGCAAUGACAAAACACCAACAACUCUUACAGAGAUGUACAUUAGCUUUUUACUUUCUCAGAAGCAACAGAUGAAAACAAAAUACUGUGAUCAUCUUGAACCUAAACCCAAAGCCAAGUCUUUCGAUCAGAUUCUUCUGAAGCUUGGAAAACUGGCCUUUACACAGCUGGAGAAAGGUAAUCUGAUUUUCUACAAAGAAGAUCUUGAGGAGUGUGGAUUAGAUAUCAAUGAAGGUUCAGUGUACUCUGGGUUAUGCACUCAGAUCUUUCAGACAGAAAAAGCUGUGUCAGAGAGAGAGAUUUACAGCUUCAUACAUCUCAGUGUCCAGGAGUUCCUUGCUGCUCUCUAUGUGUUUUUCAAAUACAAAUGGUCUGGAAGAAAUCACUUUCUUCAAUCUUGGAGAGAAAUACUGACAUGGAAGCUCUCCAAAACAUCACUAGUUGACCUCCAUAAGUCUGCAGUUAAGAAGGCUUUAAAAAGCAAAAACGGACACCUGGACCUUUUCCUUCGGUUCCUAUUGGGUCUCUCAAUGGAGUCCAAUCAGUGUGACCUGAAGGAACUGCUGCCAAGACUGAAGCUAAAAAGAGUGAAUGUCAAAGACACUACUGACUAUAUCAAAAAGACAAUAGAGAUGGAGAAAUCAGUAGAGAGGACCAUUAACCUCUUCCACUGUCUGAAUGAACUGAGAGAUGAAUUUGUGGAGGACAUCCAGAAGUAUCUGAUCUCAGGUAAUCUUUCAGCACAGAAUCUCUCCUCUGCUCAAUGGUCUGCUUUGGUGUUUGUGCUGCUGAUGUCAGAAGAGACUCAAGAAAAGUUUGAACUGCAUAAAUACAGAAGAUCUAAUGAAGCAUUGAUGAGACUUAUGCCAGUAAUCAAAAACACCAGAAGAGCACUACUGCAGUCUUGUAAUCUCACUGGUCAGUCCUGUGGAAUUGUGUCAUCAACUCUACAAUCAUCAAACUGUUUCCUGAGAGAGCUGGACCUGAGUAACAAUGACCUGCAGGAUUUGGGAGUGAAGCUGCUCUCUGAUGGAGUGAAGAGUCCAAACUGUCAGCUGGAGAUACUGAGGUUAUCUGGCUGUAUGGUGACAGAGGAAGGCUGUGGUUAUGUGUCUUCAGCUCUGAGUUCAAACCCCUCACACCUGAUAGAGCUGGAUCUGAGCUACAAUAACCUAAGGGAUUCAGGAGUCAAGCUGCUCUCUGAAAAAAUGGAUGAUCCAAACUGCUCCCUGCAGAUACUUAAUGUAGCUCAUGGAGGAGAGAUCAGAAUGACAGCAAUACCACAAAGAUAUGCCUGUGAUCUCACACUGGAUCCAAACACAGCACACACUCAACUCAUUCUGUCUGAUGAGAACAGGAAGAUGACACGUGUGUUAAAUCAUCAGAUGUAUCCUGAUCAUCCAGAGAGAUUUGAUACAUGGUGUCAGGUUCUGUGUGGAGAGAGUCUGACUGGACGCUGUUACUGGGAGGCUGAAUGGGACGGACCUGGGUUAGAAAUAUCAGUGACAUAUAAAGGAAUCAGGAGGAAAGGAGGAAGUGACUGUCGGUUUGGAUACAGCAACAAAUCCUGGAGUUUGUUCUGCACUGCUAAUGGAUUCACUGUCCGGCACAAUAAUAACAAAACUGACAUAUCUGCCCCUUCAAAUCCCUCUAACAGAGUAGGUGUGUAUGUGGACUGGUCUGUCGGCACUCUGUCCUUUUACAGCAUCUCUGACACACACACACUCACACACUUACACACAAUCAACACCACAUUCACUGAACCCCUCUAUGCUGGAUUUAGGGUUUACGAUUCCUCAGUAUCUCUGUGUAAGAUUACACAACAGGACAUGUUUCAGAAUCAGAGCUUCUGUAAUGUGACGCAGUAGAUGCGCUUCUCCAGUUUGAGCAGUUUGAAAGUAAUAACCUCAUACAUUUUGAAUUGAAUGCCUAGUUGCUUAAAGCUCCAUUUAAAUGGUUAAUUCACCCAAAAAUGAAAAUUCUUUCAUUUAUUACUCACCCUCAUGCCGUUCCACACCCGUAAGACC